AGGAUCCAGUCUGUCAGCGCAAUGCCAAGCAAACCUGCUCCCAUCAAGAAGUCUCCAGCCAAGAAGGCUGUGGAGAAGGCAGCAGAGCCUGCCCCGGAGCCUGCCCCGGAGCCUGCCCCGGAGCCUGCCCCGGAGCCGGCUCCUGCCCCCGUGGAGGCUCCACCAGCUCCCCCUGCUCCAGCUGAGGACACUCCAGCUGCUGCUCCUGCCACCGAAGACAAUGCUGCCACUCCCGCUGCAGAUGCUACGACAGACGCUGCUCCAGCAGAAGCCGCUGUAGUUGAAGAACCACCCAAGACCCCUUCACCUCCGCCUGCAGUCCCAUGCAGCCCUCCUGUGGACGUCUCCGUGGUUGACGUGAAUGAAUCCAGCCUCAUCAUUAAGUGGAAAAAUCCAGAGACCCCGGGAGACUCUGGCUUGGAUGGAUACACUGUCGAGUACUGCAAAGAUGGAAGCGCUGACUGGGUUGUAGCUAAUGAGCAGUUGACCCAGUCUAACCACUUGUGCAUCAAGCACCUGACAGAAGGCGACCUGCUGCAUGUGCGCGUGGUGGCUGUAAACCCCGGUGGCCGCAGCGAACCUGGUGUGCUCGCUCAGCCCGUGCUGAUCCGCGAGGUUGUUGAUCGUCCCAGGAUCCGCUUGCCACGCUCUCUCAAAUCCCGCUAUGUCAGGAUGGCUGGGGAGCAGAUCAACUUGGUCAUCCCUUUCGUUGGAAAACCUAAACCUGGGGUGUGUUGGCUGAAGGAUGGUCAGCCUGUGGAUACAAAGAGGGUCCACAUCAGGAACACUGACAGGGACAGCAUCCUGUUCAUCCGCAGCUCUGAGAGGGAGGACUCUGGUGUUUAUGAGAUUACUGUUAAAGUAGACAGCUUGGAAGACAAAGCCACCAUCACUAUUCAGAUUGUUGAGCUGCCUGGUCCUCCUGCUAGCAUUAAGCUGGUGGACGCCUGGGGUUUCAACGCCGCUCUGGAAUGGACUCCUCCCAAGGACAAUGGGAAUGCAGAAAUCAGUGGAUAUACUGUUCAGAAGGCUGACAGGAAGACAGGGGAAUGGUUCACAGCUCUGGAACACUACCACAGACUAACUGUCACCAUCUCAGACCUCGUCAUGGGCAACUCUUACUCUUUCAGGGUCUUUUCUGAGAACCUCGUGGGCAGAAGUGAGGCAUGCGCCGUCACCAAGGAUGUGGCCAAAAUUCACAAGACAGGUAUCAACUACAAGCCUCCUGAGUACCAGGAACAUGACUUCUCUGAGGCUCCGAAGUUCACCACACCCCUCAUUGACCACGCUGCUACUGUAGGCUACAGCACCAAGCUGCUGUGUGCUGUUCGUGGAUGUCCUAAGCCUAAAAUCGAGUGGCUGAAGAACAAGAUGGUCAUUGGUGAUGACCCCAAGUUCCGUCAGAUAUCCAACCAAGGCAUUUGCUCCCUUGAGAUCCGAAAGCCCUCCAGCUUUGAUGGUGGUGUGUACACCUGCAGAGCCAAGAAUGAGCAGGGAGAGGCUAUUGUCUCCUGCAAGCUGGAGGUCAAACAGGUUCCUACUUCAGAAGAAAAGAGCAAAUAAACCAAUAUCCGAUCUUAAAGAGCGUAUGAGGAGGUCAGAGAUGAUGUUGCGGCUGGCUUUGCAGACGUAUGUGCAUAAUGAAGAAGCAGACAGAAAACAGACUCAUAUCUCUGUAUUUGUCUUCACUCACACAUGCUGAUUCCACCAAGAAACCAUCCCAGCCAAGUGUUGUACUGUAUGUUAUUUUAGUUGGUGACAUGUAUGUAAGGCAAGAUUUAUCAGCCUUGUUUUUGCCUAUGUCCAUGUGCUGAUUUCAGACAGUGAAUAUAUGGACAUGCUAUUGCAAUGAUUAUGUUUAAUAAAAACGGUAUUUUGUCACAUCA